AUGUCGUGCUUCCAUCUCAUGUCGUCACAGAUCCGAUGCGAUAAGCGCACGCCAUGUUCCAACUGUCGCAGCUCCGGCAUUGCAUGUCGAUCUACCGGCGAAGGCCAGAAGCCCCAAGAGCCCCGGCGGCGGGUCUUAAUCUCAAAUCAAUAUGAGAAAAAGAUCGAUUUGAUCGAGGAACGCCUAGCAAGCAUUGAAAGUACUCUUCAACAGCUAGCAAAAAACACAUCUCAACUACAAGGCUUUACAGCGCCUAACCCGCGCGAGACUCGUUUCGCCCCUUCACCUCAGAAGUCAACCCCUUCGCAGCCGUCAUCCACUCCAGGAAACACUGGAAAGCCAAAGGGGCCUUGGUAUCUAGCUAAUCCUACUAUCGAACAGCAUGAUUCCAACUCUGCCUUUGAGGGCAGCUCAUCUCUGACUGCUCAUGGGGCCUACGCGAGCGCGUUCCUAGAAUCUGCCGUAUCCAAAAGUUCGCCACAGGUUUUGUCAAGCCCGAAGAUCAACGCGGCUCUCGCGUCGCUGAAGCAGCUUGUCGGGAUUCAGAGCCAGCGGCGAGAAGCGGACUUGCAAGGGGGCCAGCUCCCCAUGAAGAAUGCGAGGCUAGGUGUGAGACGCGACAUUCGUGAUUUAGAGAUGCCGCCUCUGUCAGUGGUUCUAGACGUGUUGAGAAAGGUUCAAGAAAAACCACCGGCCUGCUUUGGUGGCUAUGUCCCCUUCAUGAGUGUGCAAUAUUUCGCCGAAAAAUGCCGAGAAGUCUACUUCUGCAUAGAAGAUUACUCCGAUACGGCAUUUGUUGUGACCAACUUUUGCCUGUACAGCGUUCUCUACGAAUAUGACGCCGAGGAGAAGGACACCAAUACCCGAGAAGAGCGCCAGAACUACAUUCAGAUGUGUCGCGACAAUCUGGAGACAGCUCUUGCCAAUUUGAAUAUCUUGAUGCCUGCAACCUAUGAAUCUAUCAUGGCGUUAAUAUUGGGAGCUAUGCAUGCACUCGAAAUUUCUAAACCAUCAGUUGCCUGGACGCUAGCAUCAACGGCCAUGAAUCUGUGCCAGACACUGGGGUAUCAUCGCUUCACCUCAAUGGAGCACGACCCCGUACCAGUGCAGCGUCAAAAGCAGCUUCUAUUCUGCCCAGAGGCACUACAAAAACCAGAAAGCGAACGAGUCACACAUGCUCAUAGACUAGCCGCUGAGAUGCAGUCGAAAGUUAUGGAGCCGUUUGAGAAAUUCAUGUCGUCCAAACCUAAAGUAUCCGAAAUGGACCUCAUGUACCUCGCAACUGAUAAGGUGAAUCGGCUGGCCAUCAUGACCUUGAUCUACCGAGCAAUUCCAGCAUCAACUGACUCGGGCCGCGUCGCCACCUUCAUACCCGAAUGCGUUGAGACAGCACGGGAGGCCCUGGAAAUCCACCGACAGUGCGUCGCUGCGCUCAACGAGACAGACUAUAUCAUGAAAAUAUCCUACAUGCACUGGGCCAUCCUCAUGUCUCCCUUCGUCCCCUUCAUCGUAAUAUUCUGCAACAUAAUAACAACCUCCAACGCCGACGACCUCGCCCGACUGGAAGAGUUCGUCGCCUCCCUCCAGCCACUAAGCACCUUCUCCCAGUCCAUCGAGCGACUGUACAACCUGUCCUCUGUUCUCGGCACCGUCGCCCGCCUCUACUUCGAAGCCAACACCCGGACCCAGACAGCCGCAGACCAAAACCAGAAUCUCAUUGAAGUCGGUCAAGAAUUCGAUGUUUAUCUCAGUGCGCUCGGAUUGGCACCUACGAACCCUAUGAAUCCUCCAAAUAGUAGUUCUCAGAUGGGAAACUCGCAGGGGUAUUUCCCAGAUAAUCCUGGUAUGGAUGUUAGUUCGGCGGAAUUGCCACAGCAGAACGCGGGUGGUUUCCCCGCGCCGGUCGAUUCAUAUCAAGCACAGGGACAGGAUUUGGGGACUGCUGCACAGUUGGGGAAUUGGUUCUGGGGGAAUCAGUAUAUGAUGGGGCUUUUGGAGGAGGAUUUGUCGCAAUUCAAUCCCGGGUGGCCGUCAAGAGACUAG